CUUUCCACGUCCCCGGGCCUGGCAACCAUCGCGCGGUCCCUUCCCGCCUGAGACGGUCCUUCCGCUCCGGAACAGCCUCUUCCCCGCUGCUAGCCGGUCCUUCCUGCCCCAACCCAGGCUGCAGGGCACAGCGGGGCGGACGGUUGUUCCCAAGCUACUUCCAAAGUGUUGAACCAGCUGCAUUCUCUCCAGCAAAGGAAACCACUAGAGCCAUGGCGACUCCCUCUGCUGCCUUCGAGGCCCUUAUGAAUGGAGUGAUAAGCUGGGAUCUCCCUGAUGAACCCACGCCAAGUGAACUGCUUCUUAUUGGAGAGGCCUCAUUUCCUGUGAUGGUGAAUGACAUGGGUCAGGUCCUCAUUGCUGCCUCCUCCUACGGCAGAGGCCGCCUGGUUGUCUUAUCCCAUGAAGACUACAUGGUGGAAGCCCAUCUCAGUACCUUUCUCCUCAAUGCCAUGGGGUGGCUAAAUUCUUCCCCCGGGGCUCCCAUUGGUGUGCACCCUUCUGUGGCACCUUUGGUCAAAAUCCUCGAAGGCUCUGGAGUGGAGGCAAAGAUUGAGCCAGAAGUGAAAGACUCCCUGGGGGUUUACUGCAUUGAUGCCUACAAUGAAACCAUGAUUGAGAAAUUGGUCCAAUUUAUGAAACGCGGAGGGGGCUUGCUCAUAGGAGGCCAAGCCUGGGAUUGGGCCAACCAGGGCGAAGACGAGAGGGUUCUGUUCACGUUUCCUGGCAACCUUGUGACCAGUGUGGCAGGCGUGUACUUCACUGACAACAAAGGGGACACAAGUUUCUUUAAAGUCUCUAAGAAGAUGCCCAAGAUCCCAGUCUUAGUUUCCUGUGAAGAUGACCUCUCCGAGGACAGAGAGGAGCUCCUGCACGGGAUUUCGGAGCUGGACAUCAGCAACUCGGAUUGUUUCCCAUCCCAGCUGCUAGUGCAUGGGGCUUUAGCCUUUCCUCUGGGGUUAGAUUCCUACCAUGGCUGUGUUAUAGCGGCUGCCCGCUAUGGCCGGGGCCGGGUGGUGGUGACUGGCCAUAAGGUAUUAUUCACUGUUGGUAAACUGGGCCCCUUUCUGCUCAACGCCGUCCGGUGGCUGGAUGGGGGCCGCAGAGGCAAGAUUGUGGUGCAGACAGAGCUGAGAACACUGAGUGGCUUGCUCGCAGUGGGCGGCAUAGACACCAGCAUUGAGCCCCAUCUGACCAGUGAUGCCAGUGUCUAUUGCUUUGAACCCACGAGUGAAGUGGGGGUCAAAGAGCUGCAGGAGUUUGUAGCAGAGGGUGGCGGGCUGUUCGUCGGAGCGCAAGCCUGGUGGUGGGCCUUCAAGAACCCGGGAGUGUCCCCUCUGGCUCGGUUCCCAGGAAACCUCCUCCUCAACCCCUUUGGCAUCAGCAUCACAAGCCAAAGCCUCAAUCCAGGGCCCUUCCGUACUCCUAAAGCUGGCAUCAGGACCUACCAUUUCCGCUCCACUCUGGCUGAGUUCCAGGUUAUCAUGGGCAGGAAGCGAGGGAAUGUGGAAAAGGGUUGGCUGGCAAAGCUGGGACCAGACGGUGCAGCUUUCCUCCAGAUUCCCGCAGAAGAGACCCCUGCAUAUAUGUCUGUGCACCGACUCCUGAGGAAACUGCUAAGUCGCUAUCGGCUCCCUGUGGCGACCCGAGAGAACCCCGUUAUCAAUGACUGCUGCAGGGGUGCGAUGCUUUCCCUGGCCACGGGUCUGGCCCACUCUGGAAGUGACCUCUCUCUGUUAGUCCCGGAAAUUGAAGAUAUGUACAGCAGCCCCUAUCUGCGCCCUUCAGAAUCUCCUAUCACCGUUGAGGUCAACUGCACCAACCCAGGAACCAGAUAUUGCUGGAUGAGUACUGGGCUGUACAUACCCGCAAGGCAAAUCAUAGAAGUCUCACUACCUGAAGCUGCUGCCUCUGCUGACCUGAAGAUACAGAUCGGCUGUCACACAGAUGACCUCACAAGGGCCAGCAAGCUGUUCCGAGGCCCACUUGUGAUUAACCGGUGCUGCUUGGACAAACCCACGAAAUCGAUCACCUGCCUUUGGGGUGGCCUCCUCUAUAUCAUCGUGCCUCAGAGCAGCAAACUGGGUUCUGUGCCCAUCACCGUUAAGGGGGCUGUGCAUGCUCCAUACUACAAGCUGGGGGAGACAUCCCAGGAGGAGUGGAAGAGGCGUAUCCAGGAGAACCCAGGUCCCUGGGGAGAGCUGGCCACAGACAAUAUCAUCCUGACAGUGCCAACUGCAAAUCUUCGCACUCUGGAGAACCCUGAGCCACUGCUCCGCCUCUGGGACGAGGUGAUGCAGGCUGUGGCACGACUGGGAGCUGAGCCCUUCCCUCUGCGUCUGCCUCAGAGGAUUGUAGCUGAUGUGCAGAUAUCUGUCGGCUGGAUGCAUGCAGGAUACCCCAUCAUGUGCCAUCUGGAGUCUGUGCAGGAGCUCAUCAAUGAGAAGCUCAUCAGAACCAAGGGGCUGUGGGGCCCUGUCCAUGAGCUAGGCCGCAACCAGCAGCGACAGGAAUGGGAAUUCCCACCACACACCACCGAAGCCACCUGCAACCUGUGGUGUGUUUACGUGCAUGAAACAGUCUUGGGCAUUCCUCGAGGCCGUGCCAACAUUGCCCUGUGGCCCCCAGUUCGGGAAAAGAGGGUCCGAAUCUACCUGAGCAAGGGGCCUAAUGUGAAAAACUGGAAUGCAUGGACUGCCCUGGAAACAUAUCUGCAGCUACAGGAAGCCUUUGGCUGGGAGCCGUUCAUCCGUCUUUUCACUGAGUAUAGGAACCAGACCAACUUGCCCACAGACAAUGUCGACAAAAUGAACCUGUGGGUCAAGAUGUUCUCCCACCAAGUGCAGAAGAACCUGGCUCCAUUCUUUGAGGCCUGGGCCUGGCCCAUCCAGAAAGAAGUGGCCACCAGCCUGGCCUAUCUGCCUGAAUGGAAGGAAAAUAUUAUGAAAUUGUACCUCCUCACACAGAUGCCCCACUGAAAUUGAAGUCAAGAAAUGAGAAAUGGAAUUGACACAUCACAGCAAUGACAACUGAAGGGAUUUGGUUGUAAGUGGAGAUCUCAACACAUUUCUAGAAGAGAGAAAGUGGUAAAGCAGGAUUAUGAAUCAAAGAGUGAAGAUACUUUUCAGACAGAAUGUAAGCUGAUCUGAACAACAUAAUCCCAAAGAGACUUGGGCACCUGAAAAAUCUAUCUACUAGAGAAUUAUACCAGUUGUAUAAUUGAACCCCAUCUUACUCUGCUCCCACCCUUGUGCACAAAACACAGGUAACUUGUUGAUACCAGUAAAAAUUUUGUUGUUUUUGUUGUUGUUUGUAUAAAGAAAUUGAAUAAACCACCCAAGGGAAAGUGAGAGUUGAUACUCAAGAAUAAAUUCCUCUUUUGUUGAAAUAAGUGGGUCCCCCUAGCCUGUCAGCCAGUUCUCUACUGAUAAUUCAGACGCCCUACUCCAGUACACAGAAGACCUAGGGAAACAGCCUUCUUCAUACAAGAGCAGAGGAAAUGCACACCAACUCCUGUAAGCUCCUAUAAGCGAUUAAGUGCAUUCUUGAGUGUGAGAAAUUCCAGACCUGGGAGUGGGGAGUGAAGAACAGGGUAGAAGCAUAUGAAAAAUAAAUAGGUAGAAUUAAGGGAUUUGAAAAAUAUUGCAAAUUCUGGAGGAAAUAAAGUUACUGUGGGAAAAACAACUUGAAAAUCUAGAGAAGUUAGAGUUGUGUUUCUAAGAUGAAAACAAGAUACUACAAAGAAAGGAAGAAUUCUGAGAAUAAGAAUAACUCUCUGAAAAUGAAAUAGGAUUUCCAAGUGUAUUCAGUAGACAAGCUGGAAAAUAAAGUUAAGGAAAUCUCCCAAAAUAUAAAGCACCCCCUCUAAAAAAAAACAAA